AGUAUAUAUGCAUUAAUAAAAAUUAAAAAUUCAACAAGAAAAGACCUUCCAUUCCCUAUGCUUCUCCUUUCGACCAAAAUUCAGCUCCGCUUCUUUGAGAAAUCUAAUCAUCUUUCAUCCCAAAUGAACAAGAAGCAAACGGUUCAAAGCCCCAGUAAAGUAGUCAGAACUAUACGGAAAUCUACCCGCCCCAGAGCCAUUGCACUCGACUCGGAAACGAAACGAAAAUCAAGAGCGAAGCCCAACCCCCAUUAUCAACAGGAGGAGGAAAUACGGCCUAUAACAUCCAUUUCUUCGAUUUUCUUGGAAAAAAAUCCCAUCUUGAGCCCUAAUUUCUACCAGAUUGAUGCCCUUGAUCUUGCCCCUCGUUUGCUGGGGAAGCAUCUCAAGAAAGAUGACGUCGUUCUCCAGAUAACUGAGGUUGAAGCUUACAGGCCAAAUGACUCAGCUUGCCACGGUCGAUUUGGGAUUACUGCUAGGACAGCCCCUGUGUUUGGACCUGGUGGGCAUGCUUAUGUUUACCUUUGUUAUGGUCUUCAUACAAUGCUUAAUGUGGUGGCGGACAAAGAAGGAGUUGGUGCAGCUGUCCUCAUUCGUUCCUGUGCUCCAGUCAGUGGACUGGAAACCGUUCAGCAGCGGCGUGGUUUGAAGUCUGAGAAGCCUGUUCUUCUAGCUGGACCUGGAAAGGUUGGCCAAGCAUUAGGGAUUUCAACAGAGUGGUCGAACCAUCCUCUUUUCUCACCAGGUGGUCUGGAACUCUUAGAUGGACCAGAGCCAGAAAAGAUACUUGUGGGGCCACGAGUUGGGAUCGAGUAUGCUUCACCGGAGCAUGUUACUGCACUGUGGAGAUUUGCAAUAGCGGGUUCUCCUUGGAUAAGUGCACCCAAAAACACUCUCAGAUCUCCCUAAUUUGAAGUGUCUGUGAGAUGGAUGUACAUGAAAAUCGACUACUCAAAAUGAAUGGAGGCCAUUUUUCUGUUGUUCUUUGAACUUGGGGUGAUGGUAGAGAUGAAGGAUGUCACUGCCACUUUUUGUUAUGUUUGGUGGCAGUUCUUUCAAUUGUUGAUCUUAGAAAGCUUUUUGCUUCAUGCGUCUACUAAUGCAAAUACAGUGUUAAAGAACCAUCAGUCAAAUGCAAUCAUGAUUAGCAAUAUCUCA